GUCUCAGUCUUCUGCCGGAUCUCGCCGCAACAAUUAACUAUUUGUGCCUCUAAUUUGAGAAUUGCAUAGUACGUGACUAAAUUUCAAAAUUAUUGUUUUCGGGCUUUGACAGCAAUGUCGUUGGCAUCGCUGGGCAUCAGUGCCCUCUUCAUGGUCGGCUGCUGUGCCGCCGCACAAAUUGCCCGCUUCCUUAGUCAACGGCUGGUGACCCGGGAGGGUAUCGUGCCCAUUCUGAUCAACGAAGCGAUCGCCGCCGCAGAACUGUGUGCCUGCUGCUUCGAGCUUAUCAUAGUGGCCGACAACUUCGGAGUAUCCACGUACGCUGUCUGCCUCUUUCUGCUGACCAUUUGGUGGGGACGAGUUUGGGGCGAUGCAUCUGCAUGUCCCUACACCCACAUGGAGGAUUUGGUGGAAGGACGAACCAGCUUCAAGGAGAUGGCGCUGCGAAGUUGGGCAGAGCUGAUGGGCGGAUGCUGUGUCUAUCGAAUCGUCCAGGUCUUCUGGUGGCUCGAGCUGGCCGAGACCCAUCGAGGUCGUGCCUUUGAGGCCUGCAAUGCUGACCUCCAGGUCAGUCCAUACGUGGGAGCAGCCAUCGAGGGAGUGGCCACGCUGCUCUGCCGUCUGGCGUCCAAAGCGAUCGGGGCCAAGGAGCCCAGGUUUGGCAGCUACAUCGACUCCUUCAUCGGCACUAGCCUGGUGGUGGCAGCCUUCAACUUUUCCGGCGGAUACUUCAACCCCGUACUGGCCACUGCCCUCAAAUGGGGCUGUCGGGGCCACACCAACCUGGAGCACAUCAUUGUCUACUGGAUUGGCGCCUGUGCCGGAGCUAUUCUAUCCGUUCCCAUCUUCAAGUUGGGAGUGGUGAGGAGGCUCCUUGUAGGAGACGAUAAUGGCUCAAAGGCCAAGAAGGAAUAGACAUUUCUGAACUGGAUGAAGAGGCCUUUGAAAGAACUAAUCUUCCCCCACAUUGGACCCACCAAAAAGUUAAAUACUCAAUGUCGGUCUUGAAGCUAUUGGUUUGAUUUCACAUUCUAGCUAUAAAAUAAUUCAAUUUAUUGCUGCUUUGGCAAACUGAACAGAAAUUUGUUUCAAAAAGAAAGUUCAAAUAAUCGCGGAGUGAGCGCAUAGUUUUAGAAAAUGAAAAACAGAACUGUUCAAAUUCUUUGUCUCAUCAGAAGAAAUCAAAUUUUAAUUGAUAAAAAAAACAUUUGUUAUAUGUAGUUACUUUUAUAGUUAAUUUAUUCGUAGUAUAUUUGGUUAAUUCAAUAAAAUUUUAUUAACCCA